GGGUUGUUUGGGGGAUUUUUGGAUGGUUUAAUUAAUACGUGUCGGUUCCACGAGCUUUUAAAAUAUGUCUGCCGGUUCCACGAGUUUCUGGUUCCAUACGUGGCUGGGCACAAGUUGCUCAGUGGGGGGUCAGCAGUUUUUUUGUUUAUUUUUAAUAUAUACGUAUCUAUUUGCUAAGUUUCUGGUUCUAUAUGUCGCUGUGCACGAAGAGGUGAUCAGAGUGACAGGUUUUAUGAAAGGACUUUACACGGAUUUUGAAUUGAAAUCAGAUAAUGUCAAGGAUAAAGAUGCCAAAAUCAGCUUCCUUCAGAAGGCAAUUGAUGCUGUUGUAAUGGUAACAGGAGAGCCACUGGCAGUAAAACCAGCACGUGUUGUGGCUGGACAUGAACCUGAAAAAACAAAUGAAUUUCUUCAAGCGAUUGGGAAGUGUUGCUUAAAUAAGCUCUCCAGUGAUGCUGCUGUAAAAAGGAUCUUAGCUGGGGAAAGAGCUGAUGUUCAAGGGAAACCUCCGUCUUCUAAAUCUCGAGAUAAAGAAAGCAGAGAGCCCAAAACAGAAGAACAAAAACCCCAUAGGGAUAAAGAAGGAAAAGGAGAUACUGAAAUUAAAGACAGAAGCUCAAGCAGAGACAGAAAACCCAAAGGAGAUUCCAAAGAAAGUGAAGAAAGAGAAAAGGAAAGUGAUAAACAGAAAGAAAAUGAAGACAGGCACAAAAACGCUGAAAGGGACACCUUUAAGGGAGAGGAAAAACAAGAAAGGGAAAGAAGCAGAACAACCAAACAAGGAAGAGAAACAGAAAAAAACAAAAGGAAAGGAGACAUAGAACGAGAAGAUGAUGCUGAACAUGAUAAAGGACAGGAAAGGGAGAAAAAAAGUGAAGGAGGAAGAGAAACAGACAGAUUGAAAGGAAGAGACAAAGACAAGGCUAGGGACAGAGAACGAGAGAAAGAUAGAGAAAGGGGAAAAGGUCGGGACAGGGAUAGGCAGAGAGACAGAGGAAAAGAUGGGGAGCAUGUAAAAGAACAUGGAAAGGAUAAAGCAGAGAAAAAGUCCACAGAUUCUGAGGAAUCCAAGCUUAGAAAAUUGCAGAGGCCAACUAAAGACAGCAAGUGCCAGCCAGAUAAUGAGAGCGAAAGUCCUGCAGGAAUUUCAAGGCAGCCUUCAACAAAAGGAUCAAGGCAACGCGCCAAACCCGGAGGAGAAGGAACUACAGAGAUGAAGAGUGUGGCAGAUGGGAUUUCAGAGGACAAUGUUGCUAAACUGCAAGAGAAAGCUGAACCAGGACUUUCAGUCAAACAGAAUGAAGAAGAAGCAGAGAACAUUGCUCCUGAAAAGCCUGUGGUAUCUGAAAAUGGUGAAGUACCCAAUGAUCUUCCUCCUCAGGCUAUCCAAAGACGUAUUCCCCGUCCCAGCAGUGCAAGACCAGCACCGCCCCGAGUAGUAAAACGUCAAGAAAGUGUAGAGGCCUUACUUCCAGAAAGGAGUGGUAGUGGUAAAACGGUCCCAAAUGUUAUCACAGACCAGCAGAUUUCUAAUGAUGAUGAUGACCAGUUUGUGGUGGAGGCAGCCCCGCCAGUGCCUGAAAUACCAGAGAUGGAAAUGGAGCCAGAAGUGGAUCUGGUCGAGGAUGAAAAGCACGGUGGGCUUGUAAAAAGAAUCUUAGAAACAAAGAAAGAUUAUGAAUCAUCACCAAAAUCAUCGAAGGCAACAGAGAGGGAGAAGCCUUUUGUGUCAGAAGCAGCUAGGAAGAAAGAGAGAGACCUGGUAGCCAAAGAAAUUGAGAAGUUUCAGGUCUCUAUUCAGACACUGUGCCGGAGUGCCCUUACGCUUGGCAGGAUCAUGGAUUACAUUCAGGAAGACAUGGAUGCCAUGAAGAACGAGCUGCAGAUGUGGCGGCAUGAGAACAGACAGCAUGCAGAAGCUCUGCAGAAAGAGCAAAGCAUCACAGACAGUGCUGUAGAACCACUAAAAGCUGAACUGGCUGAACUGGAACAGUUGAUUAAAGACCAGCAAGACAAGAUCUGUGCUGUAAAAGCUAAUAUUUUAAAAAACGAGGAAAAAAUACGGAGGAUGGUUCUCAGCAUAAACUUGUCUUCAAGAAGGUGAAGAAGGAAAAAAAAAAAAACAAACAAAAGCCUUGGGACUGACUGACAUUCCUACCAAAUAAAAAACAAAAUAGUGGAGAAAAGUUAAGAUAUGCCCUGUUUAGAUGUAAAAUGGUUAUGGACCAGAAGCCUAAAAAUUAUAUAAAAUCCCAUUAUUACAUUGAUCUUCAGAUGUUGAUAUUAUUCAGGAUAAAAUUAUAUUCUCUUGAAUGCUCAAGUUGCAGAGUUAUUAAAAUAACUUGUUUAUU